CCAUUGCGUCUGCGCGCACCCUCUUACCUUCUCCGUCAGCGCGCGUGCUCCGUGCGGGAUGCUGAAUUGUAGGUGAUGAUGGCGGAAGGGAAACGGCGCUGAGUUUCAUCUGAGUUUUUAGCACAGCUGUAGAAUAAUCUACAACACCGUUUCUCCCCGUCGAGACCUAUCCCGAAGCGAUGGGGAACGAGGCCAGCAUGGAGGGGGAGGGACAGCUGGGGCAGCCCGGCCCCGCCGUCCCUGCAGCAGGUGCUCCGGCUACCAUUUCAGCACCACCGGACUCUGGACAGCUCAUCAAGCCGAGCAACGGAGCCCCAGGCGGAGGAAGUGGAGCUGCAUCCGGGCCGGGGAUUAACAGAGCUCCUCCAUCAGACCCGGGACCUAAAGUUGGAGUCCAGAGCAGUCACGAUGCGGCUGACAGGCUGGCCUCUCAUGACCCCGCACAGACUCAAGGAGUGCAGGGCCAGGGUCAUGCAGCCAGGAAGAAUCUGCAGGUGGACUUGGGCGGCAGUCGGACUGGAAGGUCCCCUUCGGCGUCCCCGGACCGAGGGAGCGCUCCCACUUCCCCCUACUCUGUGCCUCAAAUUGCUCCGAUGCCCAGCAGCAAACUGUGCCCCGUCUGCAAAACCGCCGACCUGACGGGCACCGGGGACGACAGGCCCAGCUUCAACACCUGCACACACUGCCGCUCCAUGGUGUGCAACCAGUGUGGCUUCAACCCCAACCCCCACCUCACCGAGGUGCAGGAGUGGUUAUGUCUCAACUGUCAGAUGCAGAGAGCACUAGGAAUGGACAUGACCACGCCACGCUCCAAGAGUCAGCAGCAAAUCCACUCCCCUUCUCAUCCAACCAAUCCUGAACUCAAAUCCGAUGCUCCAAAUCAGCCCGCACCCCAAACACACACCCCUCCUCAGGCACUGCCUCCAGCACAGAUCCAUCCCUCUCCUGGCCCUACCAAACAGGCUGGCCCAGCUGGCCCUGGUCAACAGCAACAACGGAAACUUCCUCCGGGGGCAGUCCCUCUUCCCGGCAUGGCCAAGGCCCCAUCCCAGCCUGAUUUAUCCCGAGGCUCGCCUGCCCACCAACCCCAGCAAACUCGCCAGGACCAGACCCGAAGUGCAGGCAGCUCCCCCUCACGACAGCCUCCACCCCCAGAACAGACUUUUGGAAAGUUGUUUGGUUUUGGUGCAUCUCUUCUUAACCAAGCCAGCACUCUCCUUUCAGAGACAACUCAACCCCAACAGCAGCCCCCAAAGCCAGCUCCUAAACCUGGAGGGCCGCCUGGUCUGGGACCUGGAGCAGGAAAACCUUCAGGACCACAACCUGGCCAACAAGGGCCUCGAGCCCCUGCUCAGCACCAACAACAGCAUGCUGCUCCAGACUCUAAGCCUAAAAUCUGCUGUCCCCUCUGUAAAACAAUUCUCAACGUUGACAACAAGUCAGAGGAACCCAAUUACAACACGUGCACACAGUGCCACUCCCAAGUGUGCAACAUGUGUGGAUUCAAUCCCACUCCACACCUGGUUGAGAAGAAAGAAUGGCUAUGCCUAAACUGCCAAACACAGCGAGCCCUAUCAGGAAGCUUAGGAGAUAUCCCAGAUCCUAUGGGACCUUCCAUGGGAUCUCCCAGAUCUCCUGUGCCAGCCAAACAGCCAACACCUCAGCAGAAAGCAACCAGCCAGCUUUCAGGGCCUAACACCACAGGUCCUCAACAACAGCAACAGAAACCUGCGGGUCCCCAAGUAAGUGGCCCACCCUCUAAUGUGAAACAGGCUGGGCUUGCCCCUCAAACAAAAGGGCUCAGCCAAACUUCCCCUCAAACCAAGGGUUCAGCUCAACCACCUCCCCAAGCUAAGAGUCAAACACAUCCCCCAUCUCAGAUUAAGGUACCUGCUAAAGGUCCAAAUCAGUCACAUGCUCAGAAUAAGGCCUCCACACAGUCUGCUAACCAGACGAAGGGCCCAUGUCAGGUCAAAGGGCAAACCCAGGCUAAAGGUUCUGUUCAGCUCUCGGCUCAGACUAAAGGCCCUUCUCAUCCCACUGGUGCUAAGGCCUCAUCUGGCCCUGGCAAAGCUGCGCCUAACCAUACCAAGACCUCCACCCCCUCCAAAACGGUUCCUAUUCAGUCUAAACCCACAGGUAACAACCAGGGCCGCAAACAGCCACAGAGCCAGGAGAAGACUAAAGCUGCAUCUAAAACUCUAAAAGAAGAUCUAAAGGCCUCACAGAAGAAGGCUUUAUCAGAAACUGACACAUCUCCAAAAGACACGAAGAUAGCAGAAGAAGAAAAGAAGUCAAGACACCACGAAGAUCACAGCAAAUCAAGUAUGCAGAGUUUAAGUGACACUGGAUACUCUUCAGAUGGGAUCUCUAGUUGUCAAGGGGAAAUCACAGGCCAGAUCAAAGAAGAAGGAAUUAAGCUUAGUGAAAGAGGUGCCUCCAUCCCCUCAGAAAUCACCAAGUUAGAGAGCUCCAUGAAACCUUUGCUUGAGUCAAAGACAGCCUCAGACCAGAAGUACCGGCCCCAUUCACUUUCUGUAGGGCAAGACUACAGUCCUGAUGAUGACGCAGCAAGGGAUGAAUCAGAAGAUGAUCUCAGUUGUAAGCUCCGUCAUGAUUAUGUGGAAGACAGCAGUGAGAGUGGUCUGUCACCAUUGCCUGUGAGACAAAAGAAGUCACAUAAAGAUGUAACAGAUGAAGAAUACAUGAGGAGGCAAAUAAUGGAGAUGAGUGCUGAUGAAGAAGAAUUAGAAGAAUUUGGAACACAAAAAACUAAAAAGAUGCAUAAAACCAGUGGUGAUGCGGGCAAAGAGAGAAGACGGCUCUCUCACCAGUCCAAUAGUUUUGAAGAGGAUAAAAAAGUAUCAGAGGGUGCCUAUAAAGCAAAUGAAGAAGAAGAUGUUGUAAUGGCUGGAGGGCUUCGACGUUUUAAGACAAUUGAGCUAAACAAUACCAACAGCUAUAACCGCGACAUUGAGCUCAGUAGUGAGCAUGACUUAAGAGAACCAGAGCUGGAGAUGGAGAGUCUGACUGGUUCACCAGAAGAAAGAUCCAAGGGAGAUUAUUCAUCCACUCUACCUGCAACUACUCCUAGCUACACCUCUGGAACAUCCCCCACCUCUGUGUCAUCCAUGGAAGAUGAUAGUGACAGCAGUCCCAGUCGAAGAGCAAGACUUGAGGAGGCAAAGCAACAGAGGAAAGCUCGCCAUCGGUCUCAUGGGCCCUUGCUACCAACUAUUGAGGACUCAUCUGAGGAAGAUGAGCUUAGAGAGGAGGAGGAACUACUUAGAGAACAGGAACAGAUGAGGGAUCUGGAGCAACAGAGGAUUCGAAGUACAGCCCGAAAAACAAAAAGAGACAAAGAAGAACUCCGGGCACAGAGGCGCAGAGAAAGGUCCAAAACCCCUCCAAGCAAUCUUUCUCCGAUUGAAGAUGCUUCACCAACUGAAGAAUUGAGACAAGCAGCAGAGAUGGAGGAGCUCCAUCGUUCUUCAUGCUCUGAAUAUUCACCUUCAAUGGACUCUGAGGCAGAAGGUUUUGAGAUGAUAGGUGGAAAGCUUUACAAAUCAGGUAAAGAGUUUAACCUCCCAACCUUCACUUCACUCUACUCUCCUACAGAGAAGACGUCAGCAAUGUUGCCAUCUGACAAAACUCUUAAAAGUGCAGAGGAGGUGUAUGAGGAAAUGAUGAGAAAGGCACAGCUUAUGCAGAAGCAAGGACAAACUGUUCAUAAACAGAAAGGUGCCUCCCAGUCAGAGGGUGGGUAUCUUGAAGCUGGAACGUCGCUAACCCCUGGCUCAAGCCCUACACAGGUUACUGCACCUAUGUCCUUCUCCACAACAGCCAGUGACUCAAGAAUUACAGGUAUGCAUGCAGCACAGCACCUGUCAAAAGAAACACAGAACAGAAUGAUGACACAGAGUGCCAAAAUUGAAGGUGUUGUUGGAGUUGCAACAACAAAAGCCCAAAUGAGUCAGGCUGCCUCAGCUCGACAUGCAGGAAACACAGUGCCUGUUAGCAACAGAACAGGCUCCCAGAGGCCAACACAACCGACACCAGACCCUGGAUCAUCCUCACUGACCUCCAAAGUCUUUUCACUUUUUAAAGGACCCAGCCCCCCAGUCUCUCCAACUGCAUCUCCAUCCCAAAGCCCAACUCAUACACCACCUGUACAACAUGCAAGUAGUAACAGCAGGCAGCUGCCAUCUUUGCCAGCUGGUGCUACAACAGCAUUAGCAUCACAUGGUGUUCAAGCACCUGAAAGGACAAUGUCACCACGUCUUGUUCGACAACAGUCCUCUCAAGACUCCCCCGUGAUGGUGAUAACGCUGGGCUCUGAAAAGUCCAGUCCUGCCAAGCCACUCACUGUAAAUUCCUCUACUUCUCCUUUGUCAUCACCAACACAGUCCAGUUGUAAAAUGCUGUAUAGUUCACACACCCCUUCAACAAGUUCCCCAACAUCACCACCACACCCCCUAAAACAUUCUUCUCAAAACAUUGAAAAAGUUAAUGUUGGUGUUAGUGCCGGGAUCACAAGUGCACAAAGUCGUGGGUCUAUGGAAAAUGUAUCUCUGUGUAAAAUCUCUAAUGUUCCAGGCACUUCAAAGAUUGUGGGGCAAGGCCAAAUCCUUCCAAACACUACUGUUGUAGAUCUAAGAGCUCCACAGAGGUCAGCUCCAAUUAUAAUGACAGAUCAGGGCAUGGAUCUAACAUCUCUUGCCUCUGACACAAGAAGAUAUUCUCUAGGAGCGGAGCAGCCAUCCAAUAGACACACAUUAGUGCAGCCUCUAAUUAUGAACCUAAAUGCACAAGAGCAGCCACAUGUAUCCAUAUCAACACCCACAACAGUUAGUGUUACUGUUGCAGGAUCAAUGUUCAUGUCCCAACCCAAGCAACAAGUAGUGUAUGGAGACCCUCUGCAAAACCGUGUGGACAUAGGUCAGUGUGUUGGAUCAGCUGUUUGUUUAAGCCAGAGUAAGCCACUACUUACUGAUCCUUCUAUUCCUAAAAUUGAUGCCUGCCUGGAAAAUCUUGAAAUACAGCAGCAGCAACUGCAGUUACAACAACAGAAGCUUCUACAGCAGCAACAACUUCUUGAGCAGCAGCUUCAGCAGCACCAACAGCAGUCAUCCUUUGCUCGUUACAAUUUAGCCAAUCAGGUACAACCAAUGCUGAUAAAAAAAGACCUUGUGGUGACCCAGACGAGCAGUGCCCAGCCUGUAGUGACUGCUAGUGCCAUACCUAGAGUAUCCCCUCUGGCUCCACCAUCAGUGUCUGGGGCUCUUUCUUCUAGUGUUCCCCAUGAAAUGUAUGGUGGCAUUGCCUUAGAGCUAAAAAACAAGCCAACGGUAAUGAAUUUGUCAACAGCUAAACCCCAUAUUAUGAUAGUGCAACUUGAUGAGAGCAAACCUUUACAAAGUGGCACAGUUACUCAACUGGUAAAGCAAGAAGAGCAUCCCCCUGCCCCUCCUCCUCCUCAGGUUUUGGAUUUGACUGGACAGCUGAAAUCAGAAAACCAAGUGGCUUGUUGUGAUGUUGUUUACAAACUGCCCUUUGCUGGCACAUGUUCGGGGUCAUUCGCUCAGAAGUCUACUACAAUUUCUUCAGAUAAAAAUCCUACUUCUGAAGCAUCUCAAGCAGCUCACCCUCCCCAUUCACCUCAUUACAGUGUAAGCCAACAACAGCAGCAACAACAAGCUCAAGUUACCCAAGGAAUACCAGUGGAUCACAAACAGUAUCCAUCUCCUUUAAUAUCUUCUGGAAGAAUACAGCCUUCCAUGUCUGAUACCAACCUGCCUUCAAUGAAUGAUGCCGCUCACUAUCAGAACAAUCCCCAGGGAGGUGUGGCAGUAGAUCUUAGCAGUAUAAACCAGAUUUAUGAUGCUGGCUGUCUUGGCAUAGGGGCACAGUAUGGUUCUUACACAGAUUUGCGUCACCAGGGGGAUUUUUUAGGUCCUUCACUGCCUCUUCGACGAUAUGGUUCCAUGUCAAAUAUAAAUUCUGACUUGAACUGUGGUUCACGUGAUUUAACUGGAUCACAGGACUCUAAUCUGGCUCAGUAUAGUGCUACUACAGCAAGGGAGAUUAGUCGCAUGUGUGCUGCUCUUAACACAGUUGAUCAGAUAGGCACACGUUUUGGAUAUAACCCUGAACUUGCUGCAUAUGCAGCUGGAAGAGGUGGACCUUUAGCAAGGCUGAAUCUUCAUCAAGGCUCAGCAUCAGUUAGAGCUAAUUUACUUUAUGGACCAGAUGGAAGACAAACCGUGAAUGGUCAAACUCUGACAAAUCUAAUUAAUGCUAGGCAAGCAAGUAUACGCGCCUUGUACCCUGUUACUAUGAGGGGAGGUGAUGGCAUGAUAUAUUCCACCAUAAAUGCCCCAAUAGCUUCAACCUUGCCAAUCACUACACAGCCAGCCCCAGUUAUACGUCCAAUGCCUCGAGGAAUUUACAGACCAUACCCUACAGGUGUAACUGCUGUACCCUUGGCUAGUCUUACUAGGCUGCCUCAAGUCACUCCUAGAAUACCUUUAUCCACACAAGGCCCAUAUUCCUACCCUCCUCCAAACCAGUUUCCUACUUCAGCCACACCAUCAGAAAAUGUUUCCGUAUUAAGCAGCUCACACCAAGAAACCCCUGUGUAUCUUGGAAAAUCUUUAACAACAACAGCUGGACAAACAUCUGCAACUAUUCCAACAACCCAGCCUGCUGCACAGGCAGGUGCACAACAUGCACCUAUGCCUGGUAUGCAGACCAUGGUAGGCCAGCAAAUAGACCAUGCGCAGCUUUCCUCACAGAGUAUUACAACUCUCUCUCAGGCUCAUGGCCAAACGCCAAUUGUCCAACCAGUGCAGCCUCAAUUGCAGACUCAGCAAUUGCCAGCACAAACUGAACCUUUAUCUUUGACACAAACCCAACCUCAAGCACAAACUGUCAGCCAGCCUCAGUCAGUAGUUCUGCCUCAAGCUCAGUCAAAACCAACAACUACUGAACCUGUGCAAGCACCAAGUUCCAAACCCUCUCCUAUAACUGAUGUACAAAAAAGUAAGGAUGAUGAGAAGCUAAGUCAGCAACAAGAGCACUUAUUACACCUAGAGCGAGAACGGGUUGAACUGGAAAAGUUACGGCAGCUACGCCUUCAAGAGGAGCUAGAAAGAGAUCGUAUGGAGCUCCAGCGCCACAGAGAAAAAGAACAGCUUCUUGUUCAGCGAGAGCUUCACGAAUUGCAGACAAUAAAACAACAAGUGUUACAGCAACAACAAGCAGAGCGUGAAACACAGCUUAUAAUGCAAAGAGAACAACUGGCCCAGCAAAGAAUGCAGCUUGAGCAAAUUCAGACUCUGCAGCAGCAACUUCAGCAUCAGUUGGAAGAGCAGAAAAGGCAAAAGACGGCAGCGGUAGAGGCAGCAGCAGCAGCUGCAGCUGCUGAGGCAGCUGCUGCAUCAGCUGCAGCAGCAGCAGCAGCAACAUCUGCUCAGGGUGCUAUCCAAGGAGUGGUUGUUGGAGGAGGGGUCCCACAAGGGUUUAUAAUUUGUGACCAGAGUGGUAGAGUCAUUCAGAAAGAUGGACAGAGUGUUCAGUUCUGGCAGGAUGGACAAGUAGUCCAAGCAGUGGUAGCAGCUCGACCUAUUCAAAGCUCUGCUUCUGAAAUGUCUUUGAAAAGCAGCGAUAAGCAGGCUGAUUCUAAGAUUAUGAAAAAGCAAAAUUCUAUGCCUCGACUGAGGGAUGGCACCGAGGAAGACUCUGCUAAAAGAAUUACAGACAGCUGUGUCCAAACUGAUGAUGAGGAUGGUGAGGAGAGAUUCAUGAAUAGGCGUAGAAGAACAAGACGCAUUGCUGACUGCAGUGUCCAGACUGAUGAAGAGGACCAGGGAGAAUGGGACCAGCAGCCAGUAAGACGUAGACGAUCCCGUGUAUCCAAGCAUUCAGAACCCAGUGGUGAGACAAAAUCUGACGGAUCAUCUAAAGUGGCUUCUGCAAGUAUAGCUAUUCAGACCACCAAUGACUCAUCAUGCCAAACAGAACCAGACCAACUUGGCAGGAUUUCACCUGCAAUCCAUGUUACCAUGGCAGAGACCUCAAAGGUUGACCUCUUACAUUAUAUAGCAGCUCCAGAAAGGACUCACAAAGGAGAGAGUCUAGCCUGCCAGACCGAGCCAGAGUCCCAUUCUCAGGGAGUAGUUGCCCCUCAGUUGAGUGUCCCUACGACUAUAAGCCCAUACUCUACAAGUCUGCAUAUAGUAGGGGCAAACACAUCUGACCCAACCUCUCCCAGACUCCAAGGUGUCGCUAAGUUUGAACGAAGGAAGCCAGACCCGUUGGAAAUUGGUUAUCAUCAGCAACAUGAGUCUUCAUCUCGCCAACCCCCCAAAUCUCCCCAAGUGUUAUACUCCCCAGUAUCUCCAUUGUCUCCUCAUCGCAUGUUGGAGACAACAUUUGCUUCUCAGGAGAAGCUCAACAAGGCUCAUGUUACACCACAGCAGAAGGCCUUCACUGCUGAAUCUCCUCAACGGCAUCAGUCGCUACCAAGACCCAUAAAGAGUGUCCAGCGCUCGAUGUCGGAUCCAAAGCCUCUCAGCCCAACAUCAGAGGAUCCUGGCAAGAACAGGUUCUCCUCAUACCAUCAAGUUGUGUCCAGCAGUCAGCAGAUGGCCUCCCUACAGCAGCAGCAGAACUCUCUGAUGAGGAAAGUAAAGAGGACUCUCCCCAGCCCACCGCCAGAGGAACCUCCGCUGCCUAUUGUUACUCCAGCACAAAUGUACAGCUCUCCUGGCAUGUCUCAGAGAGUCCUUCCAAGGCCUGCCCAGGGCGUCACCAAAGCUGGUCUGUUGAGCGAAUUAAAAGCUGUGGAACAAGAGUCAUCAAAACUUCGUAAGCAGCAGGCUGAGCUGGAGGAAGAGGAAAAAGAGAUUGAUGCCAAGUUGCGUUAUUUGGAACUAGGCAUUACUCAGCGUAAGGAGACGAUGGUGAAGGAGAGGGAAAGAAGAGAGUUGGCCUACUUGCGAUGUAUGGGUGAUGCCCGAGACUACAUGUCAGAUAGUGAGCUUAAUAAUCUCAGAAUGGCAGCUGUGACUGGAAGUUAUGAUUCUAAUGGUUUACUGGCGAGGCCCAGCACUGCUCCUCUAAGUCAGUUUACAAAUGACCUAAAUCCAGCUUCCCAAUAUCCUUCAACGUCCUCCUAUAUGCCAUAUCCAUAUCCUCAAACUCAACCAUCAACACAGCCACCUGGCUCUGCUUACCCACAGAUAGGCUUCACACCUCCUCAGUACCCAUCCUCUGCACCCCAGCCUGGAACUUUCCAACCUCAUCCUCCUACAGGCCCUGGGUACCAGAACCAAGGAGCCUAUUCAACCCGCAUGUAUGGCCAGUCAACUUAUCAAACUGAUUUUUCAUUGCAGCAACAUGGUCACCAGGGCUUCCACUCACCUGGUCAGCCUAUGCCAGGACAGAGCCUUCCUUACCCCACCCAUAGUUCUUACCAACCAGGUCUCACCUAUCAACCUCAGGCAGAGAUCCUUACAGUCCAUCAGAGACCAAGGCAAACCUCUCUGGCAGACCUUGAACAAAAACUUCCAACAAACUAUGAGGUUAUCAGCAACCCAGCAGUCUCAGUAGCCACAUCGGCUCCUGAUGCCAGCUAUGGUUCAGCUUACAGCACCGCAUAUGGGCAAUACCGAGCUCCAGACCCUGGCCUCACUCACUCAGUCGAUAGCCCCACCUCUGCUUAUGGUUCAGAUGGUCUUUACACUUCCAAUUUAGAGCAGAAUAUUCCAAGGAACUACGUGAUGAUCGAUGACAUCAGUGAGCUGACAAAAGAAAACGCCAGUCAGCACACUGAUGCUCUCGGACAUCCCGUUGGAGGGCGUUAUCGCAGCGAGAAUGGCCCUGCAAGAGGAACUGGCUAUGAUGAGUCUGUUGAUGCCUACGGCAGACCUACUGGAUCAGCUGGUUACCAAAGCACAGCGGAUGGUCGCACCAGCACCACAGUGAGUGGGGGUUCAUCUUACUAUUACGAUGAUUAUAAACACACAUCUCGCUCUGGUAGUCACAAGGUUACAUCCAAAAACCUUGCUCCAGCUGUAGUUUCCUCUAAACGUAGUAAACAUAGGAAGCAAGGAAUGGAGCAAAAGAUUUCUAAAUUCUCGCCUAUUGAGGAAGCUCGUGAUGUAGAAUCUGACCUCGCCUCUUACACAAUGACAACAUCAACUGGGGGUACUUGUCCGGUUGUGUCAAGAUCCAAGAAACUUCAGGAUGAUGUCCCAUAUGGCAUGAAGAAAAGCACAUAUGAUCAGCAGAAAUAUUAUGGUACCAGUCAUGAUGGUCUUGAAGAGGAUGACCGCAUGUAUAGCUCUGGUCGAUCCAGGUCCACGGGAUAUGGAAUGGACAAAAUAUCCUCCAGAGAUGCUUCUGGUCAUCGCAGUAAAUCCUAUGAAAGAGAUGCUAUAGAGCGAUCUCACAGAAGUAGUCGCACUGGAAGGCCUCCAAUGCGAACCCAGAAUUCAGAAGAGGAGAGCCCACUUAGUCCUGUUGGGAAGCCUGUGGGCAUGGGAAAAGGUUCUGGCAUACCAGAGGCACAUGAUGUUAGAAACCAGUAUGGCUCCAGCCAUUCAUUACCAGAUGUGCAGGACCACCACAAAAAGGAUCUUCCCAGAAGUAACGUCUAUAAACCAGAUGAUCCUUAUCUCGUAGAUGACAUGCACUGUGCUGUUUCUGACAGCGAAGCAUAUCACUUAAGUCAGGAGGAGACUGACUGGUUUGAGAAACCGCGAGAGGCCCGUUCUGAUCGCUCAAGACAUCAUGGAAGUGGAGGUCACUCCUCCACUAGCAAACGUAAUAAACACACCUACCAUGACUAUGAUGAACCUCCUGAAGAGUACUGCCAACAGGAUGAGUACAACCAGCGCCACUCAUCCUCCACGCCACGGGACCACCGUCACCAUGGAAGCAGCUCUGGCAGGCAUAGCUCUUCCCGUCACUCCUCAGAAGACCCCAGGUCUUCACGUUCUUCCAGGACGCACCCAAAAGACCCAUCUGCCCGCUCUAAUGGAAGGACUCCCUCAUCUGCACAAAGAAGAAGUGGCACAGAUUCCCACUCUGGCCAUGGAAGUCCACGAAACUCAGGAGAUUUCUCUCGAGAAUCACCCUCUGGUCAUCACCAUGGUACUGCUGGAAGAAGCCAGAGACCACAAGGGGAUCGCACGGCUACCCGAAGACAAGAUCCUUCUAAACCUCAGAGUCAGCAGCCUCCUCAGGGCCAUGCUGGACAGCAGCGGUCAGGUGGUCAGGGGCAGUCGGAAAGACAUCCAGGCUCUGACCUGCCUGAUGCCAGCCAACAAGCCCAGCAGCAGCAACAUAGUGUGCAACAACAGCAGCAGCAGCAACAACAGCAACAGCCACCACACCACAGCCAGACCCCUCCGCUUAGCCAGCCAACAACAGCUGGAAGUGGACCAACACAGCAGCAGUUGCAGCAGCAGCCCAAACCUGGACAAGCCCCAUCACAGGGCCGCCAGCCAGCAGUGGGGUCGGCAGCAGGGCAGCAGGCCUCAACUAUGAAAAUGGACGCCACACCUGCUGCAGCUUCCACAGGAAUGAAACUUUCAGCAGGUGUCCCAGCAGCACCCCAGCCCACCAAAAUAGCCACACCACCUCUAACAGGCAUCGGCUCCAAAGCUGCUCCAGUUGGAAUUGGAAGCAAACCCGUUAGUAUUGGGAGCGCCGCAGCAGGCCAGGCACCAGCUGAGGGAGAUAACGUUCUCACCAAGAUCCUGCAGGGAGGGGCUGCAGAGCAGGCGGGAAAGCUGGGAGAUGCUUUGUCUGGCCUCGGGAAAAAGUUCACCUCUUUCUGGUGAACUGAAGAGAGACGGAGUACGCAGAGAUGAAAUGUGAAGGAUUGGUUGCUUUGUACCGGAAAACCUAUGAAACCACACCAAAAUCAUUUCACAUCAAUGACAAAUUAAAAGAAGACCCUGAAUUCAUCAACCUGGAAUCAAAGGAUGCCUUGUCAGCACAGAAUUCCCCAGACAUGGGCUCUCGAUUGAAGGGAAUUAAAUAAGGGGGAUCGCUUUGUCAGCAGGCUGUUACAAGAUGAGCAGAGGAGAGAAGAGGCUGGGAAGUAAGUGGAUGCUUUGAAAGGACUACAGUCCCAGAAUGAUGAUGGUAGAAACAUCAGAGGCCUCAUUAGUUCAAUGGUCAAUAAUAAGAAGGCAGUGAAGCGGAGAGAGAAAAGCGCACCCUGCUUCUCCUCAUCCUCCAGAGGAAUGCUCCUGAUCUGUGAGAAAGUACAAGCCCUGCUAAAGGAGGCAGAAGGAUAUCACAGGAGGAAACGCUGCGUUUGUCCAAGUGAGACGGCUCAGGAAAGGAAGCCUGACAGCGCCCUCCACAGAGAUUCUGCUGCAACAGCUCUCAUGUCUGGAGUGUGGGUUGCACGUGGUUUCUUCAUUCUACCUUGAUGUCUUCAGAGUAUUUUCAUGCAAAAAACAAAAGAAAAAGUAUGGAUUCCAUAGGUUUUCCACGUAUCAAAGAGACAAACCUUACCUUACAAUGACAACAUGUAACUAGAGGGGACAACGUUUAUUAACAGCAGAGACAAACAACCUGGAGAAAAGCUCCGUUGCUGUGAUCUCCAAAGUACUUUCCAGUGUAGGGAGACUGACCCUUUCUCUGAAUGUGUUUUUAAUUUCUCGUUUUUGUUUCAGUGUCUACAGAAUGCUUUGUGUCAACGUGGACACGAGAAUGCACGCACAGUUGAAAAGAAAAAAAUGAAGCCCAUAUCAACCCUUUGUUUUUGUUUUCACCACCCAUAAGAUGCCGCUGCUCAUUAGUUGUAGGUUUUUUGGGGGGAAGGGAAUUACUACCAGCGUGCCCAAAAGUGUGAGAUUUCACACAGAUAAGAGGACCAAAUGAAAGAGUGGCCACGGCUCCUUAUUAGCCAUCGUAAAGCCAUCGUUAUAUUCUGCCCCAGAGCCUUGUGGGACUUUAUCCUUUUCAUUGAUUUCCCUCAUCUUUUAGUUGUUUUACUGAUUUGCAUGAUAACGAAUGGAAGAGCCUUAUUCACUUUGUUUUUACUUGUAUACCUCAUGUUUUAAAGCGUCCAUAUCAUCACGAGUUUCUUUUUACACUGUAUACUAUUAUAUGUACAUACAACAAACCAGAGAUCUACUAUGUAAAUAUGUCAUUUGUGUAUUUCUUGAAUCAUUUUCCAGUGAGUCUUCUUUUUACGUUUAUGUGUUUAACUUUGGUAAAACUUUCUAUUUUCCACGUUUGCAUCGGAUAUUUUGCUUAUUGAUUUUUAAAAGCAAUAGCAUGCAGCAAAUGGUAUAUAGCACAAUGGUGUAAAUGUUGUCUCAAACUAGCAAUGGGAAAUAUUGAACACGUCUGUCUACGCAUAGCUGUUCUAAAAAUCUUCAGAAGGUUUACAACCACAGUAUGUACAGACAUGCAUGAUAUGUUCAGAUGCAUCAGAGCAUGCAGACAGGUUCACCCACUCACUCACACACACACACACACACACACACACACACACACACACACACACACACACACACAAACCCUUUAUAAAUACAUAUACGAAUGUUUAUCUGUUAACCAAUAAAAAACACACACACACUACAUCCUAGUUCCACAUCACAGCCAAGGUUAAUUGAGUUCUCACCUAAUAGACUUGUUAACCUCCUGCUGAUUAAUGAGGUUACCAAUUCACUAACAAGCUGGGCCCACUGCCUCUAUCUGUGCUCACACACACGUGCAUGCACACACACACAUGCUUGCACACACACGCACACACCUGCACGCAUGCACACACACACACACACACACACAUGCAUGCAAAAACAGGAGAGGAAAGCAAUUAUCAAGUCCAACGUUCUAUGCAAUGACUCACUUUGAAUCUGGAAGUGAUUUAGACCCGAACCAGUUUAUUACCACAACAAGACAAAAACAAAAUACACAGUUCUGAAAGUGUUUUUUCUUAAAAACUUGUCUGUAUGAGUUUGAAUAUUGAUUACUAAUCUAUAAUUUUGUUUUUCGUGGCAUGUUUUCACCCCCCCACCCCCCACCCCCCUCCCCACCACACACGACACACGACGGCAGUGGUGUUGGGGGGAUUUGUUGCCAAAGGGUAAACUGUGUCGGUUUUUGAAUGUCCACCAUUAUGUUGCUUGGAAGCAUGGGUUUGCUUGGCUUUGUCUGGCUGUUUGUGAAGCCCUCAUUCAGUUGUUGUGCAAUUUUGGCUGACCUGUAUGGCUUGCAGUGACCGUCCGUGCUGCUAUAAACCCGUAGUGCAGAUGGUUCAGCACUUUCUCAUUAAUAAGUGUCAAUGUGUACAUAUUGGGUGUCGGUAUAAAAACCUGUGGAGUGAAUGGAAUGUUUAUAUUGGAUAUUUCAUCGUUGACUAAACCCACUCAGCAGCCAAUCAUGAAAGGUGCAUGAUUAUUAGAUCUUUCAUUCUUGGAAGUUGUACAAGAUUAAAAAAAAAAAAGAAAAAAAAACUGAAUGCACUUUCAUGAAGGCUUUGCCUGGCAACUUUUGACCGGUGAAGAGAAUAUCAGUGAGUAAGACAUACAGCCAGUCUUUCACAAAUCAGGGUGUGUCAUUUUGAAAACACAAGCCUGACUGGUAGCACUCGCUGUUCGACGGAGCGCAGAAAUAGAGCAACAGAACAAAAUGCGGAGGUGCUGUGGAGUCAAUAUGAGGGGCGUGAGACCAAACAGCUUUCGGUGCAGCCAUGCAGAUGAUCAGGACGGCAGACGGACAGACACAUGUUCACAUUCUUACUGUAAAUACAACCUCAUUUUGUCUGUACAGCUUUUGAGUUUUGAGUACGGCUGUCAUGUGCAUCCCCCAUGCCGUAUUUGCUGCCAACUUUUUGUGUAUAAAAAAGAUAUUUAUUAUUAUUACCACCAUGAUGAUGAUGAGAAUGAUGAUGAGAAUGAUGAUGAAACUAAUAAUGAUGAUAAUUCUUAUUAUUGCAUAAGCAGUAGUGUAUGUGGCUGACUUGAACUGAUUCUUUACAACAGUGAAUUUGUGUUCAGAAACAUGUCCAGCAUGUAUUUCUAAAGUACAUCAGAGCAACAAUAGUUUUCCAUUUUGUUGGGUUUCAUCUGUAAGCAGGGAGGAACAAGAAACGAAAAGAAAUGAAAAAUCUGGAAAAUGUCAUUCACUGUUGUAAGUGUAAUUAGCAAAAUGUCAGUCGUGUAUCCAUUGUGAAACCUUGUGUUCUAUUCAGUGUAUUCCUGUAAACAGGUAGAGUACAUUUUGGUGCAUCAUGUCAAGUAAUGUGAAAAUAUUGACCCUGCAUUUUCCAAAUGGAGAAAUGAAUAAAAAGAAAUGAAGUUUA